AUGGGCUGGCUGGAUAAGAACCCACCCCAGGGGUACGUAACACACACACACACACACACACACAUCCAGUAUACGACCCCCCUAACUGUGUGUAUGUGUGUGCAGGUCCCUGUACUAUCAGAGGAGAUGGGUGAAGCUGGAUGUUGACUACCUGAGAUACUUUGACAACGACAAGGUGCAGUAACUAUGAGUUCAGUUGGCCAUCUACACUGUCCUGUUAGUCUAUACAUUAACUAGGUCAUGAUGUCCCCCAUUAGUAUUUCUUAGAGAUGUGGUUUCUCUAUUGAUUGUGUGUGUGUGUGAGUGUGUCUGUGAGAGCGGUCCUAUGAGUCAUGGUGUGUUGUGUUGCAGGAAGUGUACUCUAAGAGGAUCAUACCAACAGCUGCCAUUACGGGAGUGACCAACGUGGGGGAGCAGAAGUUUGAGGUGGUCACAACCAACCGGACCUUUCUCUUCAGAGCCGAGAGCGACUGUGAGUGUGUGUGUGUGUGUGUGUGUGUGUGUACAUCCUUUGCUGUGUGUCUGUCUUUAUAUAGCCCUGUGGGGGUUGUGUAACAGAUGACAAACAGCUAGAGUUCUCACCUGGCCUGAAAAUUACAGCCCGAUCCGAUAUCACAGAAAUGUAAUUAGCCCGAACCCCGAUUUCGAGAAAACAGUAUAUUUGACUCACUACCUGGAUUCGGUCUUAUGUAGCAACAUUUGAAAUGCUGUUUUUUUUUACAUUGGAUAAAAGAAGAGACUAAGAGCUACAAAAAUGGUAUAUCAUACACUGCAUUUUUUAGGAACAAUGGGAAAGAAAUUCUGCUUUGAAAGUUGAUAAACUUGUAAACUCACUUUUGAGAAAAUGGCCUUUGAAUGUUUUGGUACACCUACUGGAGAGCUCUUCUUUGUCUACACCCAUUCAGCAUCGUUCACACCCUCUUAAGCUUUAGCCCUACCCAUCUCAUUUUGCUCUCGGAGCGUUCAGAGCGCACACUUGACGCUCUGACGGAUGAUUUGUUUAGCUCUGGAUAACAUGAAAACAGCCUAACCAGCUCUGCUGGCAACAAUUUCAUUAAGCUUUCUUGCCGACGUUUACUGACACCGGCCAUAUUCAACUGGUGUUGUACACUUUAGCUUAAGACAUGUAGCUAGCUAGGUAAACAAUGAACCUAGCUGCUAACGUUAGCUAAUUAAACAACAAUGAACAUAGUGCCAAAUCACAUCGUUACUACCCUGCAUGAAUCUGCUGGGAGCUAACCAACCAGGUUCAAUGUUAGCUAGCUAACAUUAGGCUCUAACUAGCAAAGCAAACAGAUCUGGGAUACGAAUAAUAACGUCAUACACGUAACAUUAGCUAACAUUAGCUAACGUUCAAAUGUCUCUCUUGUGAAGUCGUGACUUGCGACAUACACCUAGUUUCCUGAAACGGGUCACAUAUUGAUUUAAACUGGUGUUGAGAACAAUGCGGAAGAGGCGGGUGGCAGCCCUUGUCUUAGGAAAGCGAGGAGAGAGGAAACAUGAAAACUCACCUUAGUUAUGAUCAAUUACGAAAAUAUUGGAAUAUAGUAGGCUAUGUAUCACAUGUCUGCUUACUGAAACUCCCAAAGUCAUAUCAAUCCUUAUAAUAAUUAAAGCUAGAUGAUCAUUUCAGCACCGUUUUGACUGAGGCAAGCGUGGGAGACUCGUCUUCAUAAAUCAAUCAAUGUCCGAUUCUUUGCUUUCACUGAAUCUACGUUUGGAUAUUUGACAGCAUGUAGGCUGGGGAAAUGUUAGCUAAGUUGAGGUGAGUGCUAAUGAUCAUAUUUAUUCUAGUUUGCUCAUAUAUUAGCUGAUCAGAACACUUUGCUAGCAUGUUAUGUACAGUAGCUUAACAAGUGGAUUUUUCUCUUCAUUCGCAUAGUAGCCUGUGACUGUAUCAAUCAAUGUGAUUUUCUUUCACUGAAUCUCUGUCUGUAUAUUUGGUUAAUUGAUCUCUGGCUGGGCAAAUAAGUGGAGGUGGUAUAGCUCAUCUAUCACUGAUCAGAAAUAUUUAGCAAUAAUGUAGCCUAAAUCAAGUGUAUUAUUUUUCUCUUGACUCACGUAUAGGCUAAAGUAGCCUUAUAUCAUCUAUCCGCCAACAAGCUGUAAGAAUGCGUCCUGUUUUAUCUGUCUUAACGUAACUUAAAUAUAAUCAUUCAAUCAGUCAUUCAUGUAGGCUAAUUACACAGCAUGCGAGUCAUUCAUGCCUUUAAAUACAGUCAAGCAUUUUAUUUUGAAAUGAAAUAACAAAGGCACCCUUGAAUAAUAAAAUAAACUAGAUUUUCUGCCAAACAUCCAUUUGAAUAAUCGCUUAAAAGCCCUGUGUUUUUCAACGCAUGUUUGAUUAGUAAAACAUUUGGAUCAGUUAUGGGUCCACUUUCGAUAAUGUACAAGGUCCAGCAAGGCACAUUAGCAGGGCAGUCACAGGGUGUAUUUUGUAAGGACGCAUCGGCGUUAACAGAUACCGUUAGAACAUGGGCUUCUCCUCAUUCUGUCGCUGUCUGGUGGAUCAUCCAGCCUAUUCUUAUCACAAUUUGAAACAUUUCACUCAUCAGAAAAAAAAAUACUUUCAUCAUAGCCACAAAUAUCUCUGGCCCAGCCAAUGUUGGAAUCCUGGCACUGCUAUAGUGUCUGCAGCUGCUGCUGCUGCUGAGAGAGAGAGAGAGAGCCGUGGAACCACUUAACACAGCACAGCAAGCCCGAAACCCGCCCGGCCCGAAUCAACCCCGCCGGGAUGAGGAUGAGAGCUCUAGAAACUAAUCUGCCCAUAAUGCAUCAGCGUCAAGCUGUUCAUACCACGCUGCUGCAUGCUAAAUCACUCUUCUUCUGUGUGUGUGCGUGUGUGCGUGUGUGUGCGUGUGUGUGUGCGUGUGUGUGUGUGCGUGUGUGCGUGUGUGUGUGCGUGUGUGCGUGUGUGCGUGUGUAGCUGAGAGGAAUGAGUGGGUGUCAGUUCUGCAGAACUUCACUAAGGGGCGCCAGGAGGGCAGCAGGGAGAUUACUGCAUCGGUCCCACCCUCCUUACUGACCCCUGGUUCACCCCUGACCCCUGAACAGCAGGGCUACCUGGAGCUGAGGGGCCUGCGCUCCAAACUCUACACGGUCGUCUCCGGAGACAAGGUCUUCCUCUACAAGAACGUGGAGGUGAGGCUGUGAGGGGGUGGGCCCUAGGGCUGUUUGAUCCUAGGGCUGUUUGGUCCUAGGGCUGUUUGGUCCUAGGGGUAUUUUAAAUAAUGUAUUUGGAAUUAAGUAUUUAACAAUAGUUUUGCUAUUUGGGUCGUUCCACGAAAUAAGUGCCUUUUGCGUCCCUUUGAUAUUUGAAGUAGAAAUUGUGCACCAAUAUUGAAUUGUAAAAGCCUGUUAUAUUAAAUAAAGUGCCAUUUAAUAUAGUCGAUAUGGAGAAUUCAAUAAAUUAGAUUUUUUUAUAUGAAUAAAGGCUUGGUAAAGUGCCAAAAUUCAGGCAACCCUGUGUCACUUCUAGGAAGAUUUUAACCCACUUAAUCCCAAAAUGUCUUUCAAGUUUCACCAUCGUUGUAAAGCCCUAGUUAUUUUUGUUGCUUUGACAAAGUCAUUUCUGAAGAUGAUUAUUUAUUUAAUGUGAUUAGUGAUUAAUUUACGUCUGUCACUCAUUUUAAGGUGAACCCUGUUACGUGAACUAAACUCUCAUUUUAAUAUGGUGAAACUAACUAUUCCUUUUUAAAUAUUUUGUUUUCAAAAGAGACAUUGAACAUCUGAUAGUCAAAUCAUAGUUUAAAAGCAGGUGAGCUGGUUUUACUCUUUUUGGCCAUUUUCUGGUGUUUUGUGGUGGAAAACUGAGCGGGUCGAGUACAGGUUAGAAAUGUUUUAGCAAUUUAUUUUUGUGAAGCAUUCAAUUGCCACUCCCUGUUGCACACGACAAGCUUACAUUCCCCCUGUCACGAGGGGAUUUAUGUCUGAUUGAAGAAGAAAUCGUCAACCCUGUUACAGUCAACCCUGUUACAGUCAACCCUGUUACUUUUUUUGCACUUAAUAGGCACUUAUUAUAGUAAAACAUUUUAUUUAACCUCUUGAGAUGAGAAAACGUGUUUUGUUAUGAAUUUGAACAGAAUGUUAAAAUGAGGUGAAAUCACAAUGUGUUUUUUGGACCAAGUUACACUUCUCCAAAGGCACCGAGUUGGUGGAACGACCCAUUUAUUGGAAGUUAUUUGAAAAUAGUUUCAAAUACUUUAAAUAAAAGUAUCUGGUUUGGCCACAUAUCUAAGGACGCAUUUAGACAGGCAGCCCAAUUCUGAUAUUAUUUUCCAGUAAUUGGUGUUUCGACCCAUCAGAUGUGAAAAUAUCCGAUGUGAUUGGUCAAAAAAACAGUGGAUAAACAGAUCAGGAGUAUUAGGCUGCUUGUGUAAACGCAGCCUCAAUAGCAAAUACUUAAUAUGUAUGUAUUUGAACCCAGCUCUGAUCUUAACGAGACCUGGUCUGAUUGGUUGUUGUAGAGGGGGAUGUCGGCUGUGUGAUGUGUGUGUUCUGUUUCCAGGACUACCGCCUUGGCAUUGGCAUCACGUCUAUUGACAUGAACGUAGGAAACGUGAAAGACACUGACCGCCGCAGCUUUGAUCUGACCACACCCUACCGCAUCUUCAGGUACACACACACACACACACACACACACACACACACACACACACACACACACACACACACACACAUACACACACACAAUCAGAAAUACAAAACAGCAAGGUUAGAGAGAGUGUGGCUAAAGAGAAGAGGAAGGACUAAACCACGAGCGUCACGCUGUUCUGCGGCCACAUCUCUGUCUGUCUGUCUGUCUGUGUGUGUGUGUGAGUGUGAGGGUGUGUGAGUGAGUUCGGACAUUUGUCAGUGUUCAGAUACCUCUAAAGUAUCUCGGAUGUCUCCAUUCUAAGUGUGUGUGUGUGUGUGUGUGUGUGUGUGUGUGUGUGUGUGUAGUUUUCUAGCGGAUUCGGAACAACAUAAGGAGCAGUGGGUAGAAGCGAUGCGUGACGCGAUUGGAGAGGCUCUGUCCAAUAGCGAGGUGGCUAAUCAAAUCUGGGCGGAGCCUAGCAACGGUUGCUGUGCCGACUGUGGCGCCGCCAAACCUGAGUGGGCUGCCAUCAACCUGUGUGUGGUGGUCUGCAAACGCUGUGCAGGUGUGUGUGUUUAUUAUCAGACAGUUGUAGAUCUUUCAGAUCCACUGACCUUUGGUUGGACUUAUUUGUGUUGUAAACAGAAUGCUUUAUAGUGGUGCAGUCAUAGAAUGAUGUAUUUGUGUGUGUGUGUGUGUGUUACAGGAGAGCACCGGGGUCUGGGUCCCAGCAUCUCUAAGGUACGCAGUCUGAAGAUGGACAGGAAGGUGUGGACAGAGGAGCUUAUACAGGUAUACACACACACACACACACACACACACACACACACACACACACACACACACACACACACACACACACACACACACACAAAAUACUUUAUUUGAAUCCACCAAUCAAAUUAACAAAAAAAAUCCAAACAUUUCAAAGGUCCCUGUAUGCAUGGCACUCAAGGGUACAGAAAGUACCUCCUUCUCCAAACAGCUAGGCUGCGCACGACAGCUGAAACACAGCAGUACCUAGCCAACUGCUUUGCACACACACACACACACACACACACACACACACACACACACACACACACACACACACACACACACACACACACACAUUGUUUUGGUGUCCCUCUCUAACACCCCUCACCUGUCCCCCAGGUGUUCCUUUUGCUAGGUAAUGAGCGUCUGAAUGGGUUCUGGGCGGCGAACGUCCCUCCCAGCGAAGCGCUG